UCCCUAUGUAGUUCCAAAACAAAAAUACAUUUCCCUACAAAAACCAAUUUCUACAAACAAUAGUACACUUCCACCCUUAAUUAAGUAACUAAGGAAAUGGUUGGCUGCUUCCUGCUACUAGUCUAUAGCUAUAGCUACACCAUGGCCACUCCAUGUUUACCCCGUUGUCACAGGUGACCACAAUACACCUGCACAACUACCUGAUGUCACCCCAAUUACAUCCUUAAUCACUUGCGCAACAAUAAAAACAACGCCAACCAAUGGCUACCGCGUUUCGCUAUCGAUUUACUAAAGAGCAGGCGGAGCUUCUAAACGGUUUCAGAAAGUCGGCGUGGCCUCGACCCUAAUUGCUUUCUUACCCCCGCGAAGUGCACGAUUUGCGUGCCUCAAACGGCGUCUCUAGGUUAGCGCAUUAGUGUUCUUGUCGGUCUGGACACAAGUGGUGGUGUCGACCCUCUGCCGUGUGGGUGAUUGCUGCAUACAAGAGGCUCUCAAACGUCGCAGCAUGUAUUCUGCGUCGUCGGUGAGGAGUCGCAGUGAUGGCACUCACACGGCUCUGGCGAGAGCCUCGAGUCGCGGAGAUGUCACACUCAUACACCAUCUGCUAUCAAACGGAGCCAAUGUAAACGGAUGCAACCACAGAAGCAAGAGCACAGCGUUGCACUAUGCUGCGUCUAUUGGUCAUUUGGCGUCUUGUAAAGUCUUGGUGGAAUACGGAGCGAAUGUGAACGCAUUUGAUGCGGAAAUGAAUACGCCGCUGCAUUUGGCGGCGCAGAGCGGCAAUGUUCAAUUGGUUCAUUAUCUACUGUGUCAGCGUGCCGACAAGUCAGUUGAGACCUCUUAUGGUUUAACUGCUUUGCAAAUGGCCGAGGCCGGUGGUCACACGGAUUGUGCCGGUCUUCUGCGUCCUGCUCUUCCCAGCUCGUUCUUUCCUCCCAUAGCUACGUAUCAAGGCGUGAGAACCGGUUGUGGCGAAUCUCUGGAGAAUAUUUCGUGUCAUGUUCACGAGCAUCUCAAGAGGGUAAAGUCAUGCGAGAAAGUCGCAAGGUGGCUGGAAGACCUCGCACUGCAUGGAAUGCUCAAGCCCCAGCCGCCUCCACGGAGUCACAGACUGGACCGUAGACAGAGGGGAAACACAGACAGACGGAAGAUGCCGUUACUCAGCAUGUCUACUAUGACACUAGACGGCUCGAUACUGAUGGCAAGAUCCAAGCAUCCUCGUACUGAUGCGACACUCUGCUAUAGUUACAAGAGACCCAAACUGAGGCUAACUCAGAGUGCACCUGUUCAGUGUACAUAGUAUUGUACUGAUAGUUGAGCAGAUAACUAGAUAAAGAUGUGUCUUUGGAAUUAUUUAUGUAACGCGAAGAUUGACUACAAACUGCUAUUUUAGUUGCUGUAAAGUACCAUCUAUUUAUGGUAAUACAACUCUCGUUUCUUGGUCAUGUACGAAUGAUCUUUGUGGGACUUGGGAGGGCAAGGUUGAUGCUGCAAGGAAGAUAAUAGGGUGCAACAUUUUGACUACGUACGUACGUACUAACGUUAUUCUUGUAAGAGUAAACUAACUCCAAAGUGCAAUAGGAUGCCUGAGGAUACUAGUAGUCAAGGAAGGAAC